GUGGAGCACACUGGUUCUGGCUCUGAUGGCUGGAGAGCUCACCCUGGCAAAGGGAAGUUCAGGGUUGGGGUGCACACUGCAGGGGACCCCCAGGCCUUCUUCAUUCUCCGAACCUGGGGACUUUGUGAUCGGAGGAGUUUUUCCCAUCCACUACUAUGUGAUCAUCACUGCGAACAACUACACCAGCCGACCCAAAGCGCCGCACUGUACAGGGAGUUUAAAUUUCCGGGAAGUGCGCUUUGCUAGAACCAUGGUUUUUGCCAUCAAGGAAAUCAACAACAGCUCAGAGCUCCUGCCAGGUGUAACUCUGGGCUACCAGAUCCAUGACUCCUGUGGCUCCUUGCCAGUAGCCGUGAAGGUGGCAUUCCAGCUGACCAAUGGCAUAGAGCCAGUCUUCUUUCCCAACCAGACCUGCUCAAAGUCUGCCACUGUGCAUGCUGUAGUGGGCGAGUCUAACUCCUCUCCUACCAUGGCCAUGUCCAGAAUUCUUGGACCUUUCGGCAUCCCCCAGGUGAGCCAUUUUUCCAGCUGUUCCUGUCUUAGUGACAAGCUGCAGUACCCCACCUUCUCCAGGACCAUACCCAGUGACUAUUUCCAGGCAGCUGCUCUGGCUAGACUAGUCAAGCAUUUUGGCUGGACUUGGAUUGGGGCGGUGAGGAGCGACUCAGACUAUGGGAACAGUGGGAUGGCCGCCUUCCUGCAGGCAGCACAGGCAGAGGGCAUCUGCGUGGAGUACUCAGAGGCGCUCUACAGGACCAACCCCCGUACAAAAGUGCGACGUGUGGCAGAGGUCAUCAGCAGGUCCACGGCCCGCGUCGUUGUGGCGUUCGUAGCCACAGGCGACAUGCUGGUCUUGCUGUCGGAGCUGGAAGGCAUGCUGAUGGCCCCGCUACAGUGGAUUGGGAGUGAGGCCUGGGUCACUAACCACAUAUUGUUGCAGUUCCGUCUGUUUGCCGGUGCCAUCGGCUUUGGCAUCCCUCGCUCAGUCAUUCCAGGGCUGCGGGACUUCCUGUUGGACCUGGGGCCGGCACAGGUUUCCCACUCACCGCUGCUCACAGAGUUCUGGGAGAGUGCUUUCGGCUGCAGCCUGGGGGGAAGUCAGACUGCAGUGGGCCAGAAAACAUGUGAUGGAAACCAGAAUCUGCGAGAUCUGCAGAACCCCUACACAGACACAUCCCAACUGCGCAUCUCCAACAUGGUGUACAAGGCUGUGUAUGCAAUAGCCCAUGCCAUACACAGCGUCAUCUGCACAGACGAACCUAACUCUCCACCCCACUGCAACACAAGUAUCCGAGUUGAGCCACAACAGGUCAUGGAGCACCUGAGAAAAGUGAACUUCUCCAGGAACGGGUACAAAGUCUCCUUUGAUGCCAAUGGGGAUCCGGUGGCCACUUAUGAGCUGGUGAACUGGCAGGUGAUGAGGGAUGGGCACAUGGAGUUUGUGACUGUGGGCCACUAUGAUGCAUCUGCCCCAGAAGGACAGGUGUUGAUCAUGAACAGGAACAUUACCUGGGCAGGUGGCCAGCCACAGGUGCCUGUGUCAGUGUGCAGUGAAAGCUGUCCCCCAGGCACUCGGAAGGCAGUGCAGAGAGGAAGGCCUGUCUGCUGCUACGACUGUGUGCCCUGUGCUGAGGGAGAAAUCAGCAAUGUCACAGAUUCCCUGGACUGUAUCACCUGCCCAGCUGACUACUGGACGAAUGCAGAGAAGGAUGAAUGUGUACCCAAACCUGUUGAGUUCUUGUCCUUCCACGAGGUUCUGGGGAUCAUCCUGACUGGCUGUUCUGUGACUGGGGCCUGCAUGGCCAUCACAGUGGCUGCCGUGUUUUACCGACACAGGGACACUCCCAUUGUGAAAGCCAACAACUCAGAGCUCAGCUUCCUGCUGGUCUUUUCAUUGAAACUGUGUUUCCUUUGUUCUCUUACUUUCAUCGGCCGGCCCUCUGAGUGGUCCUGCAUGCUACGCCACACUGCGUUUGGGAUCACCUUUGUCCUCUGCAUCUCUUGUGUUCUGGGAAAAACAGUAGUAGUGUUAAUGGCCUUCAGGGCUACACUUCCAGGUAGUAAUGUGAUGAAGUGGUUUGGGCCUCUGCAGCAGAGACUGAGUGUUCUUGCUUUCACUCUCAUACAGGUCCUUAUUUGUGUGCUUUGGUUAACAAUAUCCCCUCCUUUCCCCAACAAGAACAUGAAGCACUACAAAGAAAAGAUCAUUCUAGAAUGUGAUGUAGGAUCAGCAGUGGGGUUCUGGGCUGUACUGGGUUAUAUUGGCCUCCUCUCUAUAUUGUGCUUUGCUUUAGCUUUUUUGGCUCGUAAGCUGCCUGACAACUUCAAUGAAGCUAGAUUCAUCACAUUCAGCAUGCUAAUAUUCUGUGCAGUCUGGAUAACCUUUAUACCAGCUUAUGUCAGCUCACCAGGAAAGUUCACUGUAGCUGUGGAGAUCUUUGCAAUUUUAGCUUCCAGCUUUGGUUUGUUUGUUUGCAUUUUUGUGCCUAAAUGCUUCAUAAUAUUGUUUCGGCCUGAGAAAAAUACUAAAAAGCACAUGAUGGGGAAAAUGCCAUCAAAAUCUUUCUGAAGCACAGAAGCAAAUCUCAGUAAUGUUGAUUAAUGAUUGUAUUUGACAUUUCUUUUUGAUUUCUUAUGUAUAUUUCUUUAAGUGAAAAUUGCAUAUAUCUAAAUAUCUUGGAGGACCAAAUAUUUUUCAUCUCUAAUUUUAAUUUAGCUGGAGCCACAGACCCUCAGGGAUUUUAUACCAGCAAUAAAGAUUGAUUAAUCAGGGUGCUUCUGUUUUCUGGUGUUUGUGUAUAAUACACAAUUGUCCAGUCCUCAUUGAAAAUGCACCAAGCAAAGUAGCAAGAUUGGAACUUGACUUAUAUGUAAAACAGAAAAAUGCAACCACAUAAAGCAGGGGUAUCCAAUUUUAUCCAAAAAGGGUUGAUGUGUGUGCAUGUUUUUGCUUUUUUGAUUUUUGCUGCAAGACACUUUAUUCUUAUUAAAUUCUUGAUUUAAGAUGAUGAUUAGUUAAUUAUUUUAUUAGACUUUUUUGCCAAGUGUUAUAUAACUGCUCUAAUUUUUAUUGUGGGCAUUUCUCACUGCUUCUAACAAAACACAUCAUGCGUUUUUACAACACUUAAAAAUACUGCAGCAUGUCCACAGUAGUAAGUAAUCGAGUUGAAUUUAUCAUGUGACUGUCCUUGUAAACAUCACUAUUAAUCAUCAUCUAUAAAAUAUUAAUUAAUUAGUGGCAAUUACUUUAUAAACUUAGGUGCUCCAAAUGGGAUAAUUGUUUCAGAAGGGGCUUAAUAAAAAGGACAUUGCAACCUCUAGCUGACAGAGAACUGAAGUACCAUGUGAGAAUACAAAAGAAGACAAAUUAUUGGCCCUAUUUAUGAACAAAUUUCAGCAGUCUAAGUCACUUAAAAGCUCCUAACAAACAUGCUCCGCCAAGCACUCCUCUUUCAAAGACACUGAGAGCUUUUCUAUAAGACAUGGCAGCCAAAAUACCAUAUCAGUCAAGUUUCUCUGUCCAGCAUUUUUGUACACAACCAUGAGCAAGCUGUAAUGAUUAUUAAUUAACUCACUUAAUUGUGGAACAACACCCAUGUGGAAGCACCUUCUUUCAAAAAAAACGUUGUAGCCCUCAUUACUUAAGUGUUUCCUUUAGUAAGCUGGCAGUUUGGGGAGAGUGGGGAACUAGCUAAUGGUUUUUGUAUUUGGCUCAAUUGUGAAAAUAUUUCUAGAAAUAGAUUCAGCAUUUUUAAUACAAACAGCCUACAUCCCUUGGCUAUGAUUACCCACAACAAUUACAUUUCUGGGACAUACCAUUCGCUAGCAAUCUGACUGAAAGUACCAGGAGAGAAAUGUUACAUUUAACCCUGUGGGUGGGGUAAAAACACACACGGCGGGAGUACACCUAACAGUCUUAAUAUCUUUAAAAGUUAACACAAAGUUAGAUAAUUCAGUACAAUUAAAUGUUAUAUGACACAAACAGCCUGCCUAUAUUGGUAAAUCUAUCACAACACUGUACAAUAUUCUCUGGUUCCUGACUGAUGUUUUCUCUUUUCAGCUGUUACAUUUCACCACGUAGCCUGAAGUUAAAGUUGACUUAAAUAUAUAUAUGAACCUCAGGUCUGAGGUGAACAAAUACAAUCAAUUGGUUAAUGAACAGCAGGCUGUUAAUAUUAUUUUUUUAAAUUUCCAACAUAUCAACAACCUCUGUGGGGGACCCCUGUUAGUGGUGCUCUUUCAGUAUGUCAUUUCCUGCAAAUACAGAUGACUGUUGAUUGUUUGAGCUAUUUAUUUUGCAUUGUAUAGCUAUGCAUUUGUAUGUAUCGUCUUUAUAUUUUGUCAUUGUAGGCUAUUUUGUGCAUUGUACAGUAUGCAGAUGCUUAAGAAAUGUCAUCAUGAAGUCUAUU